ACCUUGCCCCUUUCCGCGCUCAACUCCCGUUGUUCGUUCCAGAGAACACACCACUGACUUGUCCAUCAAGGCCCCAGCCAGACAGCACUUCUGAACUCAACACCUUCAGAGGUUUUGAACUACACCUCCUGCCUCCACUGUCCUCUACUGCCUCCACCCAACUCAACCACCUGCCGAAACCACCAGGACCUGAAAGCUGAGGAGACGGGUACUUUAUAUGAAGAGACUUUGCACUGCUCCCAUGCAUGUAUUCGCUUUCUCUUUUUCUGUCUUCUCUCUCAUGCAGCUUUCUGUCUAGCUGUAUCUCUAUUUCAGUCUCUCUCAGGCCUGACCACAAAAUGACAGACCUGCUGUAUAUUAAAGGACCCUGCCCAUGCGUCCUCUCCCGGUCACCUCCCUCUUCGUGGGCCUUUAUAAGUCUCUCACACAAAGGGGGCACUACUUUCCAAAGAGGGUCCGUGCUCAAGCAUCUGAAAGGCUCGCCAGUUUGCAAACCAACCUAUUCACCCAUAGCCGGGGAUCUUCUGUCUAAACGCUGACCAUGGACAACCAUUCAUACAACUUCCCCUCAGACUGCACCCCGCUCACCAACUGUAAGUCUGCCCGUAAACCAGCUGGGUCCACCGUGGUGAACAUGGGCAGCACUGGCAAGAAUGCUCCCCGGGACUAUCUAAUCUGGUCGCUGUGCAACACCUUGUACGUUAACUUCUGCUGCCUGGGAUUCAUGGCUCUCGUCUACUCCAUCAAGGCCAGGGACCAGAAGACUCAGGGCAACCUGCAGCUGGCCCAAGAGUGCUCAGACAAGGCCAAGUGGUACAACAUCCUGGCAGCCGGCUGGAACCUGCUGAUUCCACUUCUGGCCGUCGUCCUGCUCGUCCUCCUGCUAAUCCACCUGGGCACGUCCGAGGGCUCCUUUGACUUCUUCGGAGAGGACGGCUUCCAAAACUUCAUGAAAUUGUUCAGUUGGUAAAUGGAGGCAAAGGGAGAGGGAAAUAAAAACAAACAAAAAUCACACAAAGUCACCCCAUUUAACCGGGAGAGGGUAUUUGAUAGGAUGCAGCAGAGGAGGGUUAGCUGACAUAAUAGCUCUUGAGGAUAUUAGCCAGUCUAAGCCAAGCAAUAAAGGUAAUCUCCAUGGAAAUCAGGACCUGUGCUGGGCUAAAAUCUGCUCAGCACUAAAAUGAUUUUUACUGGUGAGGAAGAAUUGCAAGCCUUGGUUUGUGUAUUACAGGAAUGUCCUCUCUGUGGUACACCAGUACUAAUGCUGGUAUUAAAAAUUGAAGGCUAAAACAGGACAUUCAACUACUAUCUAAGAGUUACACAUAAAAAAAAUUGAUGAAACAUAAUACUUUUGGACCAUUGACAUAAAACUAAUGAUAAAAGUUUAUGUUCAGUCAGCACAACGGUUUGAUACUUGUGUGUCAACACUUAAUCAGAAUUAGUAUUGUGAGCGCUGUGGGAGAUUAGUAUUGGUGCAUCCCUCGUUGUCAUGUCAGUAUUAGAGGGAGUUCAGCCUUCACAUGGCAGUCUCCCAGAUCCGCCCAGCAGAAAGGUUAAGUUGAUCAAAGACUGAACAGCCUGAAAUGGAGACGAGGGGAACAAACAGACUGGAGAAUGGAUGAGAGAUUAAGCAAGCGGCUCCUCUGGAUCCUUUUUGUUGUUAUUUAUUGUAUUUAUGCUGAGUAGAAAUUUUGAUGACAGCUGAAAUGAUCUCUCGUCAGGGUAGAAAGGGUAUAAGAACAGAGUGCUGUGGAGCCAAAGUCUGAAUGUCACGAUAAUGAGAAGCCACUUGACAAAGGACAAUCAACAUUCACCUCCCAUAGAUAGUCAUGUAUUUUUCUUCUUUCAGCAGUUUUUUUUUUCUUUUUCUUCACAUAUU